ACACAGUUUCUCUCCCUUCACAAAAUGAGUCUCUCCAAAAACCUAUCAAUUUUCUUCUCCCUUUUCAUCACCCUCAGCUUUGGUCUAGCCCAUGCAGCUAGAUUUGACAUAACCAACAACUGCCCCUUCACAGUGUGGGCCGGAGCGGUACCCGGUGGCGGCAGGCAGCUCAACCGAGGUCAAACAUGGAGCCUUAAUGUUAAUGCCGGUACUAAAGGGGCUCGCAUUUGGCCUCGAACAGGGUGCAAUUUUGACGGUUCCGGGCGUGGCAAAUGCCAGACUGGUGACUGCGGCGGGCUUCUCCAAUGCCAAGCCUAUGGUGUACCCCCAAACACCCUUGCCGAAUAUGCACUAAACCAAUAUAACAACUUGGACUUCAUCGAUAUCUCUCUUGUUGAUGGGUUUAAUGUUGCUAUGGAUUUUAGCCCCACGUCUAAUGGGUGCACUCGUGGCAUAAGAUGUACUGCUGAUAUUAACGGACAGUGCCCCAAUCAGUUGAAGGCACCUGGCGGUUGUAACAAUCCAUGUACGGUGUUCAAGACCGAUCAAUAUUGCUGCAAUUCUGGAAACUGUGGACCUACCGACUAUUCCAGAUUUUUUAAGACUCGAUGUCCCGAUGCUUAUAGUUACCCUAAGGAUGACCAAACAAGCACAUUCACGUGCCCCGGUGGGACUAACUACAAGGUUGUCUUCUGCCCUUGAUGAAUUAGUAGUUGAUCAAGAGGAAGGAAACUAGCUAGCUACUAGCUAGUGAUAUAUAAUAAUAUGUACGUGAUGUAAUAAAACGAUAUAUAAAAGCUUAAAAGGCUUUGUGUGCACGCAUGACGCUAGCCAUAUUACGUAUUCACGUAAUUGGCUGUAAUAAAAUUACGAUCGUAAGUCAUAAUAA